GUUCGAUUUGGCGCGUGUACGUCUAUUUGUUUUUAACGUGCGGUACUACCAUAAACUUUUAGUGAUAAGUUAAUAGUGCGUGUGCUACCUAGAAGAAAAAAAAAUGAUCAGUAUUUCAAGGCUCUCCUUGUGGCUAAGCGCGACCUUCGUUAUUUCCAAUUGCCAACUGCUUCCGUUGGCGAGUUAUCGACAUGACAUUGCUUUUCCAUCUAUCACAGGAGAGUUACGUACAACUACUAAUGGCAAUAAUGACCAACAACCCGCGCUGCGUCAGUUUUCAGCAGGAUUCCAUCUAAAUCCGCCACCUCCGUUGCCUUUCCUGCAAAGUUUUCCGAUAAAUUCGCAAUUUUUCUCAGAUGUCAAAGACUCGCUCCGGUCCGGAUACCUAUUUCCACGUCCGAAAUCUUUUGGGCCACCAUCGCUAAGAAAUUUAUUCACUCCGACUACUUCAAGGGAAAGACCGGAGACUGAGGGACAACAAGAAGAAUAUAGAAAAUACCUCCAAGAAGAAGCUGAAGAUCUUGAAAAAGAAAGUCACAACAAUGAUAUAACAACGGAUUUUUCUAGUUUUGAAUCGACUUCUCUUCAGCCCACUCAGAAUACUUUUGUAAGGCUCAAUAUACAGGGAAAGGACUACAGUUAUUCUACAUAGAUGAUGUUAUUUUAUGCAAAGUAGUUCAAAGAAUAUAGAUACCUUAUAGUUAUAUAAGUAUAACAAGUUUUAUUUUAUUCAAAUUUAGACAAAAUGUAAAGAAACACCAAAGAAGCAAUAGUAAAUUAUGUAAAUCUCUAAUUAUUGUUACAUAUAUAGGUAGUAAUAAAAGCAUGAAAUAAUAAAUACAAGGAUGUAUCUACUCACAUUAUAUACUUAGUUGUUUUGUCCUAUUCCUAACGCCCUCAGAAAAGGCUUCACUUUUUUUAGAAGAUCAGGAUAGGACUUUCAAGAGAAGAUAUAGGUAGUCUAUAAUAAAGCCUUAAACGAAGUACAAAUAGGAAUAUCAUAUUCUGUUCUUAAGAAAGAUGCAGUUGAACAUCAAGCUCAUCAGCAAAAUAUUUCCUUCGUCUUUCUGUUAGAAAUGAAAUCUGACCAGAGUUGGAGCAUCAGUGUCUACGUAGUAUGUCAAGUCUAUUCUAUUAGGUCCAUAUUCUCCGUAGUACAUAAAACCUGGCUUAGUGGAAACGCUUGACUUUUUGUGUGACAAAGCCGAGCUUUUCCACUAAGCCAGGCUUUAUGAACUACGGAGAAAAUGGCCCUUACCGCCAUUUGCACCGCUACAACUUAAGGGAUAUUUAUUCCAAGUGAAGCUUUGAAUGUGUCUCUUGUAGAAACAAAAGUCACAUUCAAAGCUCCACGUAGAUUCAAUAUCCCUUAAGCGGUAGUUAAGUGAUAGCCGUGCAAAUGGCCAUUAGAGACCUCUGAACCGUGCAGGCGAUGUUGUGUCAUUUAUCAUAACAAUUAGUCUACAGAAUGGCUCUGUGUAUUUUUUUAACGCUAAUCAAGAGAGUAUGCAAUAAGACUUUAGUAUCUUAAAAUUAUUACUAUUUCCGUUGCAAACCAGCCAUUUUAUGAAAAUCCACCUUCUAAUUAUCCAAUAAAACAAUAAAUUAAAUUAACUGUACCAAUUUAUAUUGUCUUAAUAGGUAUAUCAAAAUAAAACAAAUAGAAAAAGUAAACGAAUCCUCCACAGUCCACGCGAAACAAAAAGUCACUAUUACAACACCCUAGACAAAAAAAGACAACUAGAUAUUUAUUUUAAACAUAAUUUAAUUUAAAAACAAAAGGGGAAAUUAAAUUAUAAUUAUUCUACUAGAAAUUUUAAAUAUUAUUAUACAGAGGUCUUUCAAACGCCCAAACAAAAAUUUGAAUACGAGAGGGGAUCAGGCAACCCUCAACGUUAUUAUUUGUAAUAUUUUUGAGGUCCCGGAAAACUCCAAAAUCCACAAAGGAAAAUUGUAUUUAAAUUAUGUAACCACAAGCAGCAAGAGAGAGAGAGAGAGUUUUUUUUUUAAUUGUAUGUAUUUACGUUUGUAAGUAUAAAAACUGUUACAGAGAUUUUUGCACAAUAUACAUACAUAAAUAUUCAGCUAAUAUUUAAAUAUUUUUUCAGAAAAUUUCAAAAAUAACAUGAUUAUUAGUAGAUAAAUCCCAUUUCUUAACCAUUUAACAGGACGACACAGAUUUUUUUUAAAAAAUUUUCAUGCCGACUGAUAUUGGGUUAACUAACAAAUUAUCACUUGAAAAUCACUAACAAAAACAAAUCCCACUAGAAAAAAUAAAGACAAAUAUUGUUUCUGAGGGCAACGCCUGGUCACCUUAACAACAUUGCCCUGUAAUUAAUAAAACCUACUGAAAUGUAUUACAACGUAUUGUUCUGAUUAAGAUGACAUAAGUUAUUAAAAAUCCAAACAAAAUAUUGAAAAAUGUCUUUAAUUACACUGAACUAUUUAAAAAGAAAAAACAACAUAAGUAAUAAUAAUAAUUCAAUCACUAGCUGAACCACAAAAACCUACAAUAUUUAAUUUAACUAACAAUAUUUUAUUUAUAGUAAGAAUAAAAGUAGUGAAUUAUGUAUAGAUAGCCUUACUCUGAGGUCACAUUAUGAGGCAAAUCCGGGACCUUAGGUCUGGCUGAACAGGGACAAGAAAAAGUUUUUCGCUUCUCCAGCAAUUUCAUUAUAGGUUCUGCAGAAACUUCUUCCCCUCCUACAUUGAUUUCUGGUGAAAAGCCAGGAACGAGAAAUCCAAACACUGUCCUCGACAACCACAAUAUUGUAUAUUAAUUAAAAAAAAAAAAUUCUACUAAAUAUUACAUUAAAACUGUUUUUUUUUUUGUUUCUGGCUAGGGAAAAAUUGUGGCCAAAGGACACCAGCUUACACAGUCCGAGAGCAUUAGAAGCGAGAGACAAAAUGUACAUAAUAAUAAUAAUAAUAAUUAAUUGUUUGACGAUACAAAAUGCUGAAUGGCAUGGCCAUCCCCCUGUUGCUGAUGUUUGUUUUAAAAAAUGUGUUUUGUAUUAAUUUGAAAAAAAAAAUUGAUUUGCUUGUUGUUUUUUUUUUUGUAUUUUUUGUUUUGUUUCAUCUAAUUAGGUGAAGUGCUGAUUCGGGGGGCAGGGCCAUCACAUAGCAUAUUUGCGGGUCCACUCGCGCGCUAACUCAUUGUAUUUUUCCCGGUCUGUUUUGUAUAUCCUAGCAAUUUCUGGAACUAAUGGAUCGUCUGGGUUUGGAUCACACAGCAGUGAGCAGAUUGACAACAGUACUGGAAAAAAUUAAACUGGAUUAAUC